UUGUAUGAUUUUUGUUAAACUUUUAUCCACCAUUUAAGCUGCAUUUACAACAUGUCUAUGUUAUUAUUUAGAUGGCUGAAGACCGUACAUCUCCGAUUGACAGAGCUCUUGUGGAAGCCGAGGAUGCGGCUAAUAAUUCACGCGUGAGCUUGGACCAGCCUCCACCAGUCUACACUACAUUGACCCCUGUACAAAGAUCUCAAGAACCCCAACCAUCAACAUCUUUAGGGGUGCCAAGAGUCCUUCCACAAUGGAUGCGAGCUCACCCUGAACCAUCAACCUCAACAGGAAGAACUAGGAUGCGACGGUCUGCUGCUCGGUGUGUAUCAUGCCAAGUUGAAGCCGAUCGUCAACAAAUUCGAGAGUUUAGGCUGGCCGACUUUUUACAAAGAUGGAGUGGUAGCCGACCGGAAGGUUACGAUCUAAUUGACAUCUUGACAGUAGUACAGACUGUCAGAGUGGAAUUGCAGGACACACUAUGGCUAACUAACCACUUUAUGGAGGAUACAAAUGUCCCAGAAAUGAUCCGUAUAGCCCCCGCAAUUUGGGAAGACAUCCGCGACUCGUUGGAAGCAAUACUAAUGGAUCUUUCUACAAAGCUGUCGUCUUGCGAGGUGCUCUCUUCCCCUUUGAAAGUCCCCAUCAAAGAUCUGACCGAGCCGGCGAAAAUUCAAUCUGCUAGACGAAUCAACACGAGAUUUGGAACCAUGGUGAUUGUACUACACAUCACCACAUCUGCCGGCGAGGAGAGGGUGAGUGGUCUGAGGAAAGGUCCAGAGAUUGCUCGAUUGUCACACAAUCUCGGGAUACACCAUUCGUAA